UACUGCUAGGGAGGACUCGGCACCAAUCCAUCCCUUGCGAACCGCUCCUCCUCAUUCGCCUCCCCACUCGUCUUUUAUAAGGAGCAGAUGGCUCUCUCUUUUCCCUCCUGUUUCUUCUGAGAAAGGAGAAAGGAACGCACUGUGUAUGUGUGUGUGAGAGAGAGGGACAGAUUGAUCGAGAGGGCUUCCUGGUGCUCGAUGUGCAGAAUCAGGGCGCGGCAAUGGACUUCCCCGAGUUAGCGAAACUGGCCUUCUCGAGGGUGCAGAACGUGGAGCCUGAUAAUGUCGGCAAGAUCCUCGGUUGCAUCCUGCUCAGAGAGCCGGACGAGGACGAGAUGGUCCAGCUCGCCUACGGCACUGAAGCCGCGCUGCUCGCCAGGAUUAACGACGCCAAGGCCACGCUCGCCGCCAUCUACGCGAGAUGCUCCGUGCAGCACCACCACCAGAUCGGUGCCGACAGGGGCGCCGCCGCCGCUGGGUACCACCCGGUCGGCAGGAUGCGCCACUUCUCACCCGCGGCCGCCGCCUUCGGCUUCCACGUCCAGUCCCAGUACUGGCCGGACUCUGCGCCGGUGCCCGCGGCGCCGAAGGCCCAGCAGGACUUCGCACAGCACGUGCUCGUUGACGCCGCCGCCGCCGCCGAAGGCCACUACGCGCUGCAGAACCAGAACGGCCUCGAGGACCACCACUACGACGCCGUCGGCGGAUACUACUACGCCACGGCCGAAGACGGGUUCCACAACGGCAGCGCCGGCGGGGGACUGCCGGUGAGGGAUGCGGGUCGGCGGCCGAACGGCCUGUCGAUGCGGCGCCCCUGCCAUUACUUCUUUAAGGGCAUCUGCAAGAACGGCCAGAACUGCCACUACUCGCAUCACCAGGUCUACUCCGACGGGUUGGCCGACGAGCAUCACCACAACAACGGUACGACACCCGGUUCGCUCGAGACAUUAGAGAUGGAGAUCACGGAGCUGCUCAAUUCGCGGAGAGGGCAGCCUGUGUCCAUCGCCUCGCUGCCAACACUCUACGGCGAGAAGUACGGCAAGGGCCUCCAGGCCGACGGCUACCUUACGGAGAGCCAGCGCCACGGCAAGGCUGGGUACAGUCUCACCAAGCUGCUCUCCCGCCUCAACAAGAUCAGGGUCAUCGAAAGGCCGCAUGGGCAGCACUCGGUGGUUCUUACGGAGGACGCCGCCAGGUACACGGAGCUCAGAGGCGAGAGAGGAGGCGACAUGGGCUCCGCCCCGGCCAGCUCGCACCAGAUAUACCUCACCUUCCCGGCCGAGAGCAUCUUCACCGAGGAGGAUGUCGCCAAUUACUUCGGGCAGUACGGCCCGGUGCGCGACGUGAGGAUCCCGUGCCAGGAGCGGCGCAUGUUUGGGUUUGUGAGCUUCCAGAAUCCGGAGACGGUGAGCACCAUUCUCAUGAGGCGCAACCCGCAUUUCAUCUGCGGAUCAAGGGUACUCGUUAAACCCUACAGAGAGAAAUCCAAAUGCAUCGAAAGUUACCCCAGGCCGUACGUAGACAAGGUCAAGCCGAUGCAUUACUACCCUACGCGCUUCUUCGAGAUUGAUCCGGAGUUUUAUCCUGGAGAAUAUGAAUCUUCAAGCAGUAUUAUGAGGAAGCAAUUAGCAGAGAAGCGUGAGAGACUGAUCGAGCUCGAGCGGAAGCGCCUCGCGGGUACAAGGCUCGAAUCGGUUCCACCGCAGUUCGCCUACUUCGAUUGCAGCAUUGAGGACGUCAAUCCCCUCAAUUCCCUCCCAGCAGAUUCCAAAGAUGUCGACCUGAUGGACCAUCCCCUCAUGACACCGGAUCCACUGGAGGUUGUCUCAACGGGCCAAGCUCCUCAAAGGCAGGCAAGCAACAACUACGAUGAACAAGAGAGCAACCAGAUUGAACUCCUCCCGGAGAGUCCAUUUGCGUCGGCGGCACCUGCUGGAAACAGCAUAUCCGCAAUCAUAUAAUGGGCAGGGAAAAGAAAUAAAGCAUCCUGGACCUUCAAUCAUUAAUUCAUUUCAUAUCCUGUUCAGGUCCAAGGGAUGACAGCGUUCUACACAGGAGACAGAAAAGCAACAGUUUUUGUUGUAGAGAGAGAGAAGAAAUCUCACAGCUGGUCAAAAUUAGGAGGCACAAGACAGAGUGUUCAUUUUAUACUUUAGAAGAGGGAAUGAAAAACAGCAGCAGCUAGCAGUAGUAGCAUGAAGAGUGAGGACAACUACAGAACAAGCCACAAUGGUCAUAGAAGUGUGUAGUCUGACUAUAAGGGAUAGCAAAUAAUGUCAUAUGCUAAUUAGUUAUAGAUACCCUGCUAUAUAAAAUAUAAGUUAGUUCUCAGAUCA